UGUUUGAGUGUAUAAGAAUGGAUUGGUGUAACUAGUAACGCAAGCAGAUCUUGAUUCAAUCAUAUUCGGUCAAGUAGUGAAAAAAACAGAAGAGAAAGUGAGAGGAUUACACGUCUGUAAAGAGAAAGCUACUGUCUGUAAAAUGCAAUAUGGAGUCAUUUUUCGAAUUGUUUGAUCCAGAUAAUGAUAAGAAUACUCGGAAAAAUAUUUGGAAUAAUUCAGAAAAUGAAAUAAACAGAAUAUCAGAUUGUGAAAAUUUAAGUAGUGAUGAUGAUCAAGAGGAAAGGCUACCACCAGAACCUGAACAGGGUAAUAUUGAAUAUAAAUUAAAACUGAUAAAUCCAUCUAGUCAACGAUUUGAACAUCUUGUAACACAAAUGAAAUGGCGUCUUAGAGAAGGUCAUGGAGAAGCUAUAUAUCAAAUUGGUGUAGAAGAUAAUGGAAAAUUAACAGGUUUAACAAAAGAAGAUAUGAAGGCAUCAUUGAAAACUUUAAAUGAUAUGGCAGCUAGAUUAGGUGCUACAACACGUAUACUACGUCAAAGACUUGCCAAUUCUAAAAAUAAAAAUAUGUCCACAUGCAGUAACAACAAAGAUGAAAGACAGGUAGCAGAAGUUUUAGUAAAAAAAUUAAGAAAAGGAGAUAGGGAAGAUCAAGAUAAUAUUGUUGAUUUGAGACUUGCUGUCAGUGGUGCACAGGAUGCUGGAAAAUCAACUCUCUUAGGUGUAUUAACCCAGGGUGAAUUAGAUAAUGGUAGAGGGAGAGCAAGGCUAAAUAUGUUGCGUCAUCUUCAUGAAAUAAAAACAGGCCGUACAUCAUCAAUAUCACAUGAAAUUAUAGGAUUUGACAAUGAAGGACAUGUUUUAAAUUAUGCAGAAAUGGCAACAGCAGAAGAAAUAUGCGAGCAUGCAUCAAAAGUUGUUACAUUUAUAGAUUUAGCUGGUCAUCGCAAAUAUUUAAGAACAACGGUACUUGGUCUUACAGGAUAUUCACCUCAUCACGUAAUGUUAGUUGUAGCACCACCUAUGAAUGAAGCGUCACAAGAACAUAUGGCAUUAUGCCUUACAUUGAGACUUCCAUUUUUUAUAGUUGUAAACAAGAUUGAUCUUGGUUUUUGUAGUACACCCGAAACGAUAAAUCAGUUAGAAAAUGCUAUUAACGCACAAGGAUAUUCAAAGCAAUUAAUAAUGUAUAAUAAUAGUCAAAUAUCGUGGGAUUUUGAAUCAGAUAUAAUACCUGUGUUUAAUGUAAGUUGUGUUACUGGAGAAGGUUUGGAAGAUUUAACAAAUUUCAUAAAAAAUUUGUCACCAUAUAAUGUAAAUUCUGCAGAUUCAGAUUCUGAAUCGUGUUUAUUUCAAAUUGAUGAAACUUUCAGAGUAGCAGGUUUGAAUGAACCUGUUUUGGGAGGAUUACUCGUAAAAGGAGCAAUUGCUCUUGGAACUCGAUUGUUAGUGGGUCCUUUACCAGAUGGCGAAUUUAGUCCCGUUAAAGUCGUUAGUUUACAUCGCAAUAAAGCUCCAUGUUGUCUAGUAAGAGCAUCGCAAAGUGCUAGUUUAACAUUAGCACCGUCGACAAACCGAAGUCCCCCUUUACCUCAUCUACGACCUGGAAUGGUUUUGAUAUCAGUAUGGGAUCAGCCUCAUGCGACACUUUUUUUUCAGGCAACCGUGUUAAUAGUAUAUCAUGCAACUGCAAUAUUUUCUGGUUUUCAAACAACUGUGCAUGUAGGAAAUGUAAGACAAACAUGUAUUAUAAAGGGAAUAAUGGAUGCAAAGGACAGAGGUUUACAGACAAACGAUACAGCGUCUGUGCUAUUUAGGUUUGUUAACCAUCCAGAAUAUUUGCAUGUCGGUAUGCGAUUACUACUACGAGAAGGUCGUACUAAGGGAAUUGGCAAAAUAACACAAAUAUUUCCACUAAUAGGUCAACAGAACAGUAUGCAGUAAAUUAAAUAAAAUUUUAUUUAUAAAAAAGUAUUAGAAUGUGCAAAACGUUUACGAAGAUAUAAAGAAACUUAUUUACUUGAAUUACUACUAGAUGUUAUUACAUCAUGCGCCUAGCAUAAGUAUCAUAAAUUAUAUAUAUUUGUUAUAAAACAAAUAAGGGAAAUUCUUUUUGUUUUCGAAUUUAAUCUUUUAAAGUAAAGACAUUUUUUUAUAUAAGAAAGAUAAAUACAAUAUUUUUAACAAUUUUUUAUAAAUUCUUUUCUGUUUAAAAAGAUUGUAUAUUAUUAAGAAUAGGAUAAAUGAAACAGCAAACACGAUCAAAUAACAAUUAUUUGUUUAUAACUUAAAUACUUUUGCUUUAGGUGCAUUAGUUUUGUUGUGAAGAAAAGAAAUCUUAAUCUUAUAAAAUUUCUACUAUUAUUUUAUUAUUUUAUUAUUGUGAUUAUAAUCAUAUCUUCGUUUCAUUAUUAUGGAAUUUAUUUAUGGAUUGAUUAUUUAUGAAAUGAUUUAUUUCGUCAUGAAAUAACACAAAAUGAAAGAUCAUUUUAACUAUUUAAUGUCAUCUUUUUGCGUGUGACGCUCAAAUUUAAAAAUUUUUCAUGAGAGCAAUCAUUAUAAUAAUGUAAUGUUUCUCUAUAAAAUUUGAUCUUGACUAUCGAAUCUAUUUGCUCUGUUAGUAUUUAAAAAAACAAGGAAUUAAAGAAAUUUAUAUUUGAUUAAAUGCAGAAUAAAUAUUUUUGCGAUCGAUUACUGUCAUGAAAUGAUAAAUAUCGAAUGCAAUAUCGUCUUUCAUUCAUAAAACUUUAAAGAAAAAAUUAUAUUAUAUACUAUAAAUUGUACGUAUAAAUCUGUCAAACAAAAUUAUUAAAAGUGGUUAUAUUUACAUAUGUUUUGAAUUUUAAAA